AUGAGUUCGUUACUGUCUGCAGAACUUUCAGCUACUUGCAAUGCUUUGGGAACAUUUAAUAAGAAAACGGGAAAGUAUUUGAUAGAUGAUUUUACUUUGAAUACUGUGAAAGAUCUCAUAAGAUAUCUGAGGCGUGAUGGCGAAGAACACGAAAUUCGAAGACAUUUUGGACAAACUAAAGUGUUACAAACUGAUUUAUUGCCUAUGCUCGUUGAUCAUUGGGAAAAAGAUGAACUUUUUGACGUUACUCUCAGAUUGCUAGUUAAUUUAACCAAUCCAGCCCUGCUAUUGUAUAGAGAAGAGGUGCCCGUUGAGCGAACAGCCAGACAUAAUUAUUUACAAAUACUGUCACAUUUACAAUCUUAUAAAGAGGAAGCAUUUACCAAAGUUGAAAAUUGGCAAGUCUUUGCUAAAAAAUUAGCUAAAAUACUUGAAAUUGAUUGGUCAGAAAGAGAUGAAGACACAGGAUUAAUAAUUGAAAGAAUAUUAAUUUUAAUUAGAAAUGUGUUACAUGUUCCCGCUGACUUAGAUAAGGAACGAAGACCGGAAAACGAUGCUAGUGUACAUGACCAGGUUCUUUGGGCGUUAAACCAAGCAGGAAUUUUGGAUAUAAUAUUGUAUAUGUCAUCGGAAAAUGAAAAACAGUACUUCAUGCAUAUUCUAGAAAUAAUAUCACAUUUGUUAAGAGAACAGAAUCCUACAAGCUUAGCAGAUGCGGCCUUACAUAGAAGUGUCGAUGAGAAACUCCGUGAUGAUCAAGAGCUACUGACUAUGAGAAUGUCUGAAUCUAAAGAGAGGAUGAAUAAAGUUAAACAGUAUUCAUCGACGAGACAUUCUCGAUUCGGCGGCACCUAUGUGAUACAAAACAUGAAGUCUGUAUCUGAUAAUCAAUUGAUAUGCCUCAAGCCUUUAAAUAAAAUAUCUAAUUUAAAUUUUAAUGGCAGCAAAAAGUCUAAAUUCGUUAAACCUAAGAACCGAAGGCCUACUGAGAGUGGUAUGCUGGAAAGAAGAUCCGCCUUUGCUAUCAGAUUAUUCUUAAAGGAGUUCUGUAUAGAGUUCUUGAAUAGUUCGUACAAUCCAUUAAUGCAUUAUGUCAAAGAUGUGUUAGUGAGAGCCAAGGCUCAACAGAACGAUGAAUCAUAUUAUUUAUGGGCGAUGAAGUUCUUCAUGGAGUUCAAUAGAGGACAUAAUUUUCAAGUUGGAUUAGUGAGCGAAACAAUGUCCGUACCGACCUUUUAUUACGUCCAACAACAAAUGGAAAAGUACUACGAUAUGAUAAAAGUUGAAAAGAAAAAAUUCUCGGUAUGGGUCCGACGUUUACAUUUAGCUCUGAGAGCUUAUAAAGAAUUACUGAACACAUUACUAGCGAUGGACAAAAGUGAUGAUAAUACGGUCAAGGACUCUGCUAAAGUAUUGAAAAGUAAUAUAUUCUACGUACUGGAGUAUAGAGAAUUUAUAUUGUUUAUUGUUCUGAACUAUGAUGAUAAUAAGAUGCCAAGAUCAUACUUGGUGGAUUUAAUAGAGACAGUACACUUAUUUUUAAAAAUGCUGGAACAUUAUUGUAAGAAAACCGGACUUGUUGUGCAGAAGAAAGUUAGAAAGAAGACUAAGUCUAAAAAACAGAAACCGAAACCACAGAAACCUAAACAAGUGGAAAUACCUCGAUGGGAAGAAAUUCGACCGCAGAUAGCCGCGGUACUGACGUCGGGUGUUGAAGAAUACCCGCCGCCCUUUGACGCAGCCUCCGACACGCCUAUUGAUCAACAGAAGGAGGAUUGUAUGAAGAAAAUACAAAAAUUGAUGCGAGUUCACAACUAUGAAGGUGCCGUGGGAACUUUACGUGCAGCGAGGGAAGUGUGGCCCGAAGAGGGUAUAUUUGGAGUGGAGGGUAUACCGGAGGAUGAAGAGUUAGACAUGCUCGAGACCAUUUAUAACACUGACUUGGGUGUUGAUGUCGAUGUAACAAUAAAUGAGGAGGAAACACAGGAAAAUUCAGAGUAUGAUGAUGAGGAAGAAGACGAAGAGGAUAAAACGACAUCAAUCGUGGAAACAGAUUUCGAUUUUCAAGAUUUCGUUAACAGAUUCUGUCACCCGCGAGUCGUGAGCUCUUGUGUGAGCCUUUUGGAACAUUACGACAAAAACCCGCCUCACACAAACCACUGUAUCGUAAAGAUGUUACACAGAAUAGCCUGGGACUGUCGACGACCGGCUAUGAUGUUUCAGGCAACGCUUUUUUUAAUAUUUCAAAAGAUACUACACAACCCUGCACCGCAUUUGAAGGAAUUGGAAAAGUUCGCCAUAUUUGUUCUAAGGAAAUUCACCGAAAUAGCAUCGAAUAGCGGUAAAGUUUUUAUCGAGCUGUUAUUUUGGAAGAACUCUAAAGACGCUGUCGAGAUCGAGCUCGGUUACGAUCUCUACAACGACCAGAGGGAUAAACCGGGCAAGGCGCAUUGGACGACCGAACAGGAAGACGAACUUCGGAAAUUGUAUAUGGAGAAUCAGACUAAUCCGGAAAAUGAUCAGGAUGUCAUCGACUGGAUUUUGGAUAAUUUAAUCGACCAAACUCGUACCAGAAGAAGUGUUAUCAAGAAGCUAAAGGAAUUAGGUCUUAUAUUCAAAGCGCCAACUAAAAGGAGCAACAAGGAGAGAAGGGAGAAAGUUCCGAAGCAUUUUACUGAAGAUGAGGAUAACCUUUUGAGAGAAUUGUGGAAACAGUACGAGGGUUCCUCAGAUCCAAUGGGACUAAUAAUCGCUCGGAUGCCUAGAAAACGUUCGAAGCGUAGUUUCGUGGACCGGAUGCUCGAACUUUGUAUAAUAGAAGACAAGAAACAGUGCCGUAAAAAGAAACAAAGUAAAACUAAGAGUGUGGACGACGAUAAAUCGAACGAAAGUUCAUCCGAAUCCGAGCAUUCUAGCUCAGACAGUGAUAACGAUGUGAGACCGCCACCGUCUCUUACUAUUAAACCUAAAAACAAAGCUGUGAAUAAGAAAGAAAAACGUAAGCAACCAGCGACCGGUAAAGGCUUAAGUGCUGGUGAAAUAGUCAAGCUGUUUUCACAAGCUGUUGAUAGUGGUCUAACCGAAGCUCUGAAGUGGCUAGCAGAGAAUUUAGAAGAAGUAGCACUAGACCAAGAAGCAGAAGGAUUCGAUCCUACUUCAGAAGGAACGCCUCUUGUUCCUAUUUCAAGCGAUUCAGUAAAAGCUAUGGAGAAUCCGAUAUUUAUUAAAGCAUUAAAAAGUAUAGGCGUCGUACCGCCUAGUGAUGAGCAGGAAACCUAUUGGAGAAUACCGAGUUCAUUACACCAUAAAACCAUAAGAAAAAGACGUGAAAUAAUAUUAAAAGCAGUUAACAACGAACUCAUUAUUGAUAAUACAAACGAAAACAAUAAACAAAACGAUGAACCAACACAAAAUAACGAUUCUAACGAUGAAUCAAGUGACGAUGAUUUAUUCGAUAAGCUUAGAAUGAUGCGUGAUGCAACCCCUUACAAAAGUGAUAAUUCAAAUAAAGUUACGGAUAAUCGUAAACGCGAUCGCAGUGUAGAAUCGAAUGAAGAAAAUAACCGUAAAAUGCCGAAAAUCGAUGAGGAUGAUAGCGAAGACAUAUUGUCAUUCGCUAAGAAAACCUUACAAACUGAUUUACCGGAUACCGAAGACAUUCUGAGCGAUUUACCUCAAAGACCAGUUGAUAGUGACAGCGACGAAGAAGUACUGCCGGCGAAACGGUACAAAAAACGAGUAAUUAGCGACGAUUCAGAAUGAAACUUAUUAAAAUUGUCUUAUUCGCAUUUGAAAUUUAUAUUUCUUAAAAAUAUAUUCUAAAUAAAAUUCUAUUGAAAU